AUGCCACCGACUGCCAAACGGACGGCGGCCCGACGACAUCUUUUGAUCAGGGCUGUCCAGGCCUAUCAGCCUAGAAUGGCAGCCUAUUCUCCGGAGGAGCUGACAAAGCACCCCGCCGAGGAUGAGGACGCGGAAGCGGGCGACCUGCCCUCCGCCCCUCGAGAUGACCUUCCCGUGAAAGAUGAGAUUGUGGCGGAGAAAAGCGGCGGGCCUGCCAAGGAUCAAGCAUGCGACCAGGACUCUGUCGGGGCCGCCGAAUUGUCGGGGCAAGAGAUGGACAGCGAGUCGCAUGUGAGCGAGAUCAGCGAUUGCCUCUCAGAUUUUGACAGUCCCUCCAGAAAAACCGAAGGAAACUUAGGCACGGCGCCUCUGAACGGUGGCUCCAAAACGCCGCCCAUCGGUAUGGACACUUUGGAACAUAUGAAGGCCAUCUACUCCAGCUUCCUAACUAGUCCUCUGUGGGCACCGCUGAACUUUAAUACCAAACCGAUACAGGUGCCGUCGUCUGCUUCCGCGGAGAAACCCGCUCGCAGCAACAGCACCAGUAGCAGUAGUAGCUGUAGCAGCAGCAGCUACGACUGGCAUCAAUCCGCGGUAGCGAAAACUCUUCAACAAAAUCCUCCCCAGAGUCGUCAUACCGCGCAAUCUGAGCCCAACCUCUUCAGCACAGUCCAGCUCCACAGGCAAAACCCAAAGCUGUUCGGCUCCAUUUUCACCGGGGCUAGCAAAUUCCGCUGCAAGGGCUGCAGCGCCGCUUACGACACGCUGGUAGAACUUACGGUUCACAUGAACGAUACGGGCCACUACCGAGACGAUAACCAAGAUAAGACCGGAAGCGGAGCAAAGCGCUGGUCCAAACCCCGCAAACGUUCUCUUCUGGAAAUGGAGGGUAAAGAAGACGCUCAGAAAGUUUUGAAGUGCAUGUAUUGCGGUCACUCCUUUGAAUCUCUGCAGGACCUUAGCGUCCACAUGAUCAAGACCAAACACUACCAGAAAGUGCCUCUGAAGGAGCCGGUAGCCCCUGUAGCGACUAAGAUGAUGUCUUCUAAAAAACGAGGACUGCUGGGGCUAGAGAUCGCCACUUCACCACGUUCUAGAGAAGGAACCCCAAAAGCUAAGCACUCGCAUUCAGACUUGAGUGAACUUUCGCAAAAACGUUCCUCCAGCCCCUACACGGCUCCCGCUAACCGAUACGCCCACCAGAACGGCGGUAGUUACGCUUGCCAGUUUGAAUCCAACAAAUUCCAGAUCCUCAAAUGUAUGGAAUGUGGGAGUUCACACAAUACGUUGCAAGAACUGAGGACCCACAUGAUGGUGACCGGGCACUUUCUGAGGGUGACGAACUCUGUAGGAAAGAGAGCCAAAACGCUUCCCGAGGCCACCUCCCCCAACCCCGGGAGAGUCUCCACACCUACGGAGCCGAGAGUUCAAUCCGUCCCACUGGCACCCUCUACGUUCUCUCCUCCGCCUGUUCAAACCACUUCAACUUCCCCUGCCGGCUCUCCUCCUCUCAAAGAGAUCAAAAGGGAGGAGGUUGAGGAAGAGUGUACGAAACAAGAGGACCUAGGAAAUGAAAAACAAACGCUAAUUUCAGUCAGAAAGGAGGAAGAUCUCGAGAGGGAGGAAAAGUUUGAUGUCUCAAAGUAUAACUACCUGACUGAAGAGGACCUGAAGGAGGGUCCUAAAGGAGGCUUGGAUAUUCUGAAAUCACUGGAAAACACUGUGACAUCCGCUAUCAACAAGGCUCAGAGUGGAAAUCCCAGUUGGGGGGGCUACCCUAGCAUUCACGCUGCUUACCAGUUCCCCGGUGCCAUCAAGCUACAACAAGGAAACGUUGAAAAGAACUCCCCGAUGAAAUUCAUGUUUAACGGCGGCGAUGGAGCGUUGUCAUCCAUCGCUAGCAACCAGCCUCUAAUCAGCCCACCUCUUACCCAGUCUUCCCCCUUUCCUAGCAACAACUUCCAGGCCAUGGAGGAUUUAGUGAAAAAAGUGACUGAGAAAGUAGCGAAAGUGGAACAAAGGGUGAAGCGCUUGUCUCCCAAAAGGGAAAGCCGUCUUUCCCCCUGCAAAAGCGAGGCUGGUGAAUCGCACAAGGGCGGGGAGGCUGUCUCACCUCGGGAAUUGAGGGCAGUCACCCCAGCAAAUAGCGACAGGGGAGCGUCCCCGGCAACUGAAACCAAGAGAGAGUCUGCAGUCAAAUCCCCGCAUGCCUCCAAUUUAACAUGCAGCACCGCCAUCAUCACUGGCCACACUCCUCCGGAGCAGCCCUUUGUCAAUCCUCUAAGUGCUCUUCAGUCGGUAAUGAGCAUUCAUUUGGGGAAAGCGGCCAAACCCUCGUUGCCAAACCAAGAUCCCCUGAGUCUUCUCUCUAGGUUCAGUCAAAGCAUGGCUGAAAGGGCCGCCGUCGCCGCUCCUCCUCCACAGCCCAAGAAGCCCGAAACCGUAGUCGACGAUACUUUCUGCCAGUCCGCUGACGACCAGCCUAUGGACCUGACCAAAGGAAAGGGCGAGAAAGGAAUACCCGUCGCAUCGGCUCCCUUAACCCCCUCAUCCACCGCCUCCUCCAUCUCACCCUCCUCUCUCGUCACCCCUGCUCAGCUAACAGUGGUUUCUCCCUACAUAUCCAACAGCCCUUUGCAUGAGAACGCCUUGUCUGAUAUCUCGGACAUGCUGAGGAACCUGACCCAAUCCCAGCCCGCCCCGAAACCGGCCUCUCGGUCACGGGUUGCCGAUAAAGUCGAGGGGCUAGUCUCGACAUGCGGCGACGACGACGACGGGGCCCUGCACGGUCACAAACGCAAGGGUCGACACUCCAGCUGGAACCCUCAGCAUCUCCUCCUCCUGCAGGCGCAGUUCGCGUCCACUUUGAGACAAACCUCCGAGGGGAAAUACGUCAUCAACGAUCUCAGCCCGCAGGAGCGAAUGCACGUAUCUCGUUUUACGGGUCUCUCGAUGACGACCAUUAGCCACUGGCUGGCUAACGUCAAGUACCAGCUAAGAAGAACUGGGAGAACCAAGUUCCUCAAGAACCUGGACUCCGGUCAGCCUAUAUUCUUCUGUAGUGACUGUGCCUCACAGAUCCGAACCCCGGCAGCAUACGUCGGUCACCUGGAAGCUCACCUGGGCUUUAGAAUCAGGGACUUGGCCAAGCUCUCACCAAAACAGACUGUCAGGGACUCCCACGCUCUCGCCGAGAAGCAAACGCCCCUGGAGUCCUACGUGUCGGCGCAAGACGACUGCGGCGGUAACGGUUCCGUGUACCGCUGCCAGCUUUGCGUCCGUAAGUUCGCCACUAAGCACGCCAUCAAACUGCACCUCAGCAAGAGUCACGGGAAGUCUCCGGAGGAUCACUUGCUGUACGUGUGCGAACUCGAGAAACACUAG